UUUCAAUUAUCCAUUGUUGAUUAAACUGUGUAUUUGUGGAUUAUGCAUAUGAAAUGUAAUGAUUGGUUUAUGAAAUUGUGUAUUUAUGGGUGAUGCAUAUAUCAAUUUUGGGACUUUUCUGAUUGCAGGUUUAUUAAUUUUUUCAAUUAUCCAUUGUUGAUUAAACUGUGUAUUUGUGGAUUAUGCAUAUGAAAUGUAAUGAUUGGUUUAUGAAACUGUGUAUUUAUGGGUGAUGCAUAUAUCAAUUUUGGGGCUUUUCUGAUUGCAGGUUAUUCCCAAUUGCUUUGUGGUUUGAAUUUUUUUGUAAGCUCUUUUGGGGCUUGACUGGUUAUGCAUGAUUGGUUUUUGCUGUGAUUUUUAUUAGAAUUUGGUUAGUUGGGUUCUGUGUAGAAUGCAAUGUGAUGGUAUUGUUAUAGUGUAAAUAGAAUGCAAUGUGAUGGUUUGGAUGUUAUAUGUUUGUGGCUGAUUUUAUUUAUGGUGUAAUGAAUAGCAUACUUGUUUACAUAUCUCUUAGACUACAAUGUUUGUGAUUUUGUUAGAUGAAGAAAAAAACCAAAGCCGCAAUUCUUGCAUCAGUUGCAUCUGUCCUCCUUGUGGGGGUUGCAUUGUUAAAGAAAUUACGACGUAGACGUAGAGAUCUGCCUAGGGCGCCUUAUGUUAACCAUGCCGCCGAGAGAGAGGAAUACAUAAAUAGUGUUUUGCAUGGAAGUGAGAGACAUUGUGUGAAUCAACUUAGGAUGAAGCCUAUAGCUUUCCACCACUUAUGUCACGCCCUCACUGAGGGGGAGCACGUACGUCCGACUGUUCACAUGUCUGUUACGGAGCAAGUGUUCAUUUUCUUGCACAUUAUUGGUCAUAAUGUGAGGUUUCGUGUAAUGGGUGGUCGGAUCUAUAGAUCAACUGAGACUGUUCAUAGAUACUUCAAAGUUGUCCUUAGGGGGGUCCUGAAAUUAUAUAGAGCUCUAAUAAGACUGCAUAGCGAAGAUACACCUCCAGAGAUAAGGAAUAGCAGAAGGUUUUACCCAUAUUUUAAGGAUUGUGUUGGAGCAAUAGAUGGUACACAUGUUCGUGCAUCUGUGCCACCUGAAAUACAAGGAAGAUUUCGUGGUCGCAAAGAUGGAACCACGCAAAAUGUGUUAGCUGCCAUUAGUUUCGACUUAAAGUUCACUUAUGUGUUGGCUGGAUGGGAAGGCAGUGCACAUGAUUCACGUGUAUUAAAUGAUGCAUUUGCUAGGCCAGGGGGAUUUUCAAUUCCCAAUGGUAUUACACGAUUACUUCACCCUUUUGGUUUGUUAGUUUAAUAAAUAUUAUGUGUUUUCCUAAAC